ACACUGCUCGGUUGGUUGUCGUGGGCAGGGCUGCUGGCCAGGCCCUCGGUUGGAGGAGGGAGGGAGCCCUGGGAUUGGAGCUGGCUGUCUCUUCAUGCCAGUUUGACAGGAGGCUUUUUGGAUAAACCAAUUACUCACUAGCCUCCCCCUUUUGUCUGCCAGUCCAGCCUGACUCCUUGAGAUUGUGAAUAGCUCUAUCUAGCCUGGGAAGCAGGCUGGACGGCUGAGCCGGGCCACACCCGGAGCGCCCGACAGGCCCAUGCUGCGGCCAGAGCCCUCCGCCAGGCUGCCCUUGCUUCUGGCUCUCCUCGGCAUGGCCUGGAUGGAGGUGCAACUCCUCCCAUUACAGGAGGGACAGGCUCCGACACCUGGAGCCCUGAGCAGCAAGGAGACGUUCCUGCUCCUCUCCCUGCACAACCGCCUGCGCAGCCGGGUGCACCCCCCCGCAGCCAACAUGCAGAGAAUGGACUGGAGCGAGAGCCUGGCCCGAUGGGCUCAGGCCAGGGCAGCCCUCUGUGGUGCCCCAACCCAAAGCCCUGCAUCAGCACCUCGAGCCACCCAGCAAGUAGGCUGGAACGUGCAGCUGCUGCCCAUGGGUUCGGCGUCUUUCAUCUACGUGGUGGGCCUGUGGUUUGCAGAGGGGCAGUGGUACAGCCACUCAGCAGCCGAGUGUGCCCACAAUGCCACCUGCACCCACUACACUCAGCUUGUGUGGGCCACCUCGAGCCAGCUGGGCUGCGGGCGCCAUCGGUGCUCUGGGGCCCAGGCAGAGAUGGAAGCCUUUGUCUGUGCCUACUCUCCCGGAGGCAACUGGGAGGCAAACGGGAAGCCCAUCGUCCCCUAUAGGAAGGGCUCCUGGUGUUCGCUCUGCACGGCCCGCGCCUCCGGCUGCUUCAAAGCCUGGGACCACGUAGGAGGGCUGUGUGAGGUCCCCAGGAACCCAUGUCGCAUGAGCUGCCGGAACCACGGACAUCUCAACAUCAGCACCUGCCACUGCCACUGUCCCCCCGGCUACACAGGCAGAUACUGCCAAGUGCGGUGCAGCGGGCAGUGCGUGCACGGCCGGUUCCGGGAGGAGGAGUGUUCCUGCGUCUGCGCUGUCGGCUAUGGGGGAGCCCGGUGUGCCACCAAGGUGCACUUUCCCUUCCACACUUGUGACCUGAGGAUCGAUGGAGACUGCUUCAUGGUGUCUUCGGAGGCAGACACCUACUAUGGAGCCAAGAUGAAAUGCCAGGAAAAGGGCGGGGUGCUAGCCCAGAUUGAGAGCCAGAAGGUGCAGGACAUCCUUGCCUUCUACCUCGGCCGCCUGGAGACCACCAACGAGGUGACGGACAACGACUUUGAGACCAGAAACUUCUGGAUCGGGCUCACCUACAAGACCACCAAGGAUUCAUUCCGCUGGACCACCGGGGAGCACCAGUCCUUCACCAGUUUUGCCUUUGGGCAGCCUGACAACCAGGGGUUUGGCAACUGCGUGGAGCUACAGGCGUCAGCCGCCUUCAACUGGAAUGACCAGCGCUGUAAAACCCGAAACCGUUACAUCUGCCAGUUCGCUGAGGAGCACCUUUCCCGGUGGGACCCGGGGCCCUGAGACCCGGCCGUGCCUCUCCCCUGCCAGCACCUGGAUAUGCAGUCCUGCUUGCCCAUCUGCCCACCUGUCUGGACCAGGGGCCAGGCCAGGACUGCAAGCCCAAUGUGCACAGAGGUCUCAGCCCCCACAGGAAGUGAGGCCGGGGGUACCAGCCAGGCCCAGAGGGUGUCUGCUAUAGGGGGAGGGCAGCUGGGGCCCCUCAGGCAGCUCCUGAUUGGGAAGAUGGGUGUCAGGCACCCAGACAGGAGCCAGGGCCAGCAGUCAGAAGAGACCACUCUCUUCUGUGUGUGCCCGACCCUCUGGGGCGGAUGGAGAUGUCUCACUGCCCAGGGUGCACCCCACAAAGGAUUAAAUUAUCAAUCAGCUGGAUUUGUGACCACUUGUUUUGAAGGGGAACUCAGCCGAUCCAGGACGAUCCUGGGAAGACCAGAGGGGGCCUGAGGCUCGCUAUGCACCCCAGUCCCAUCCCUGUUCACCCACAUGACCUGGGCCACCCUCUGGAAGUUUUCUGGCCUGAGCCCCUGAAUGACACACAGAUUUAGAAGCUUUAUUUGCAUCCCUAACUUCCUGCUCCAGCUCUUCUCACCACUGCCUCUGUCAGCUUUGUGCUUCCACUUGCACCCUCUCCCUGUAUUCACUAUGCCUGCUCCUACAUGUUCCUGCUUCCUUUGUGGUUAUCUGAACAGGGGUAUGUCAUGACUCCGUCUCCCACCUCUCCCUACAGUGGGGAUUGCCCACCUGUGUGUGGGCAGGUGAAGACUGGGAGUUGCCCUCAUUAGGGCCCAGAAAGCAGCCCCAACCCAUUUGUACACUGUGAUGUGUGAAUGUGGAGUUGCUUUGCUGGCUGGAGGUGGGAGUGUGGCCUGGGACCAUGGAUGGGACAGGGCCAAGCAUAGCAGCCACCAAUUUUAUUAUGGUUGCAACCAAUAGAAACAUAGAAACAGCUCUGACUCAUCAUGGCAGAAAAGGAAGCUAUCAAAAAGACAGUGAUUUAAAAAUGAGCAAAAGAUAUAAGUAGACAAUUCUCUAAAGAAGCUAUGCAAAUGGCCAAAAAGCAUGACAUCACUCGUCAUUAGGAAAUCCACAUCAAAUCCACAAUGAGACACCACUUCACACCCAUGAGGACAGCUGUUAUAAAAAAAAAAAAAACAGACAAUAGAGGCACCUGGGUGGUUCAGUCAGUUAA